UUCUGAUUAGACCUUUCACAUUAUAUAAAUGUGCGUGUGAAUAUACGUUUGUAAGUAUAUAAGUGCGUGUGUGUAUUUGUUUUGUUGAAAUGUCAUAAUUAGCUCUGGAUUCAAGUUAGAUAUUCAUUCAGAAGAUUAUGGACGGGUUUUUCUUGGCAUUUUGUUUCAUUGAUUAUUGAAUUGUUAUUCAACGAUGCAUCUUGAAAAUUUUCGUUUUAAAGUUUGACUAAUUAGGAUGAAAUUGAGAACGAAAUUAGUUCCUUGAUGUGGCUGUUCGAUAUUUCAAAAUAAACUAGUUUAUUAUUAGUUUCUUAUCUGAUUCAACUAAACUAGUUUAUUAUUCUUCUCACCUCUAUUUUAUUUAAAUUUCACCUAUAUGACUAGGCUAGUUCACUUUAUUAUGUGUUUGUUUGAUUAGGCUAGUUCACUUUAUUAUGUGUUUUGUUUCUUGAAUAUUGCAAAAACAGUCUUAUCGGAAUUUUUCCCCUAUUUGAAACCCACACAACCACUUUGCCAGUUUGCUUUAAUGGGGACUUGAAGGUGAGGAAGUACCUCAAAUGAGGGGUAGAAGUUACAGUUACAGUCCCUCACCACCGAGAGGGGGUGACAACAGAAGAUAUCGGAGCCCUAGCCCUAGGGGUCGCGAUGGAGGUCGUCGUAGAGAUCUUCCUACCAGCCUUUUGGUCCGCAACCUCCAUCGUGAUUGCAGGGCGGAAGAUCUCCGUGGACCAUUUGGGGAUUUUGGUCCUCUCAAGGACAUUUACUUGCCGCGAGAUUACUAUACGGGGGAGCCACGAGGCUUUGGUUUUGUGCAAUAUGUAGACCCUGCUGAUGCUGCAGAAGCCAAAUAUCAGAUGGAUGGUCAAGUUCUUCUAGGUCGGACACUAACUGUUGUAUUUGCUGAGGAAAAUAGAAAGAAGCCUUCAGAGAUGAGGGCAAGGGAAAGUGUUAGGGGUCAUUCAUAUGAUCGUAGGCGGUCUCCCCGUCGUUAUUCUCGUUCUCCACGCAGUGCACGUUAUUAUUCCCGUAGCCCGUAUUACUAUUCCCCUUCCCCUAGGCGAAGUCGGUACUCCAGGUCAAUUUCACCUGGAGGCAGACGUUACAGAGAGAGGUCUUACUCAAGGUCGUCUUCUUAUGGUUGGAGGAGUGCAAGCCAAAGUCCAGUCAGGAGCAGGAGUCGGAGCCCUGAAGGUUACUCAAGGUAAAUAGAUAGAAAGGUACCCAAUCUAGGGCAGUGAGUUUUCCAUUACACCGAUGUACUAUUAUUAGUAGCUUUGAUGACCAAAUUGUUGGAGUUAGUGAACCGGUUGCGAUUGACCGAUGUUAUAUUGAUGUUUUUGUUGAAUCGCAUAAUUCUGAAACUGAAUUAUCUUUUUUGACUU